AAGAAACGAUGAAAGUUUGCUCAGCAAAGUGUGUGAUAAAAAUAAAAAAAAAACGACCCAUAACUCAUAAACGUCCACGUGGGGAACGUGUGACACGAGCUGCGGGGUGUUUUUAAAUCCCCGUCAAAUAUGUCAGCGCAGUGUAUUUCCGGGUGGCGCGAGGCUGCUCCUGCUCCGGUACAUGCUAGCUAGCAUCACUCGGUUCAACCCCCUCCUCUCCUCUGCGCACACACACACACACACACACACACCAACCGCUUAUGUAUGUACAAUUAAUGCCACACAGCUGAGAGUCGACGCGGCGGGCACGAGACAUGGCGGCGUCGCUGCUCUCCGAGACCGACAUCCGGCACCGGUCCAUGGCGGAGGAGGACCCGAACGGGAACGAGCACGGGGCGGCUGCACGCAGCGCGGCGCCCCGCUGGGGACCGCGGCACGCCGGAGCUCGACAGCUGGCGCGGCUCUACUCUCCCGGUAAGCGGCUCCAGGAGUGGGUGUGUGUGGUUCUGUGCCUCUUCCUCUUCAUCGUCAACCUCUCCUUCCUCCUCCUCCACUUCUCCACCGCGCACAUCCACAAGAUCGUCGUCGGCAUCGUCCUAGGAAUAGUGACGGCAGACUUUGCGUCGGGGAUGGUACACUGGGGGGCGGACACCUGGGGAUCUGUGGACAUCCCUGUUCUUGGCAAGGCGUUUAUCCGACCGUUCAGGGAGCACCACAUCGAUCCCACCGCCAUCACUCGCCACGACUUCAUUGAAACCAACGGUGACAACUGUAUGAUCCCCGUCCUGCCGCUCGCUCACAUGGCCAUCAAGUUUCUCACGUACACGCCAGAGGCCUUGGCCGCGUCCUAUCCCUGGGACUGCUACGUGUUCGCCCUGGCCGUUUUCGUGACGCUGACCAAUCAAAUUCACAAGUGGAGCCACUCCUACUUCGGCCUCCCGCGCUGGGUCACGCUCCUCCAGGACUGGCACCUGGUGUUGCCGCGGAAGCACCACCGCAUCCACCACGUCUCGCCGCACGAGACGUACUACUGCAUCACGACAGGUUGGUGUAACUAUCCGCUGGACCAGCUCGGAUUUUGGAGACGGAUGGAGCAACUGAUCGAAUGCCUGACGGGGGCGAGACCCCGGUCAGAUGACCUGGUGUGGCUCAAGAAGACUGACUUAUAAACAGGCAGAAGGUUGGACGGAGGGACGGGCUAGCAGAUUCAAAAACACAACAAAUGCCAGUGGAUGUGGAGAAACUCACUCACAAAACUCACAAUUGUCUCAUGUCUUUGUGCUUCUUGCUUUUGUCCUUUUUUUUUUCGCUAAAAAGUAAACGUUCAAAGGUGGAUCGACUGAUUUCUGAAUGUCCUGGAGUCUGAAGUUUAACAAUCUUUGUAGGCCUGUUCAACCAACGACGUGUGGCGGUGUGUAGGUGUGUAGGUGUCGGAGGUUUCUGGAGGUUGGGCUCUCCAAGAGUGACACCACACACACCUGCGCACAUUCACACGCACGCACACACACACACACACACACACACACACACACGUUUGUCAGUCUAAUGUUAAGUCACGUCUCUGAUUUCUUCUUGUCUGUUAUGUUUGAAAUGUUAAUGUUAUUAGUUUUUUUUUUUUUUUUAAUGUAGAAACAUCACCAUCCUCUUUAAAGUGUCAUGGCUGCAGUUGCGCACAUGAAGGUGAAAAUCUAAUGAUUGUGUGAUUUAGAUAAGUUCUGCAUAAACAACUUGAAAUCAUAAGUCAUUUAGGUGUUGGUUCUCAACGGCGCUCUUUUCAGCCUGCGUGCACUUUGAGAAAACUACUAGAGGACUUUUAAUGCAGAAUUUCUUCUCUUUACUUGAGAAAUCGGCAUGUAUAAAAAUAAAAGCUUUUAAAAGAGGAUGUCAAGAAAUAAAUGGAACUUUAUUAAGAAGCUAUAUUUGACUUCAAUUUAGAUUAGUUAGUUAUAAAAUGUUAAGUAAGAAGGUGGACAGACAGAAAAGUGACCCAGUCUUUACUUUCAUUUAUUGUUUCGAAUUUUUGCUGACAGAUGGGAUGAUUGAAAAUAUAUAUCAAGCUACAGCUAACAGUUGGUUAGCUUAGAUUAGCAUCAAGACUGGAAAUGGGAAAACGUCUAGCUUGGAUAUGUUUAUUGAUAACUAUAAGACUAAAGUUAUAAAAAUGUUAGUUUAAUUCCGAAUCAUUCCAUCAACAACAUCUAUAUUUUUUCUAAUCUUUUUUGAUAAAGCCAGGUUUGCAGUUUCCCCUGUUUCAAGUCGUAUGUGUUGAGCUAACUUUGCUAGCUAACUUUGCUAGCAGCGGAUAUGAGAGUGUCAGGUUGAAAUAUAUAUACAUAUAUAUAUAUAUAUAUGUGUGUAUAUAUAUAUAUAUAUAUAUGUGUGUGUGUGUAUAUAUAUAUAUAUAUAUAUGUGUGUAUGUGUGUAUAUAUAUAUAUAUAUAUAUAUAUAUAUAUAUAUGUGUGUGUGUAUAUAUAUAUAUAUAUAUAUAUAUAUAUAUUCUCGAGUCUCUUCCCUCCAUUUUAACACAAAGUGCCAGAGACGGAAGCUAAACCUUCUCGGCAUCAGUAGUUUCUUGUGACUGUGCCCCAAACAUGCCUGCAGACAGAAAUCUCUCUAAGAGACGUUCAGUUUCCUGGAGGAUGCGUACGGCCGCCCCCCAAAGACCUUUAAAUGAAUCCUACGUUUCAAUAUGUCUGUAUUUAACCUCCCAAAUGUGUCGUGAGCAUCUGCUUUUCACAACACACUGGACGCCUCGGGACGGGGUUAGCUUAGCCGCUGAUCGUCUCCAAGUCCUGCUUCUUGUGAAGUUAUUUUUUUAUUUUGUUCAGAAAAGACUACAGCAUAAAAGCCCAACCUGUUAUUUCAUUUACUGUAUUAAUUUAGGAAUGAAUUUAUUUUAUUAGUUAUGUUGAAGACAAGCUUGCAAUCAUUCAAAUCAUUUUCGAAAAAUCUCAUUUCGGCGACGGUUUUACAUCACUCUGCGUCCGAUGUGGAAGGAAAGAAGGAAGAUUCUUAAGAUAUUUUACUUUAUAUUUGACCAUGCAAAUAUGUAUUUCGCGUCUCUUAUUUACAUUUCCCACUGUGACACUUCAGUUGGCUGUUACAAACUCUGAAGUAGAGUCUAGCUGCUUGAAACUUGUAGUUUUACCUCUAGGCUGCGAAUCCCUUCAGUCAUAUACAGUAAGGUCAAUAAUGACAACACGGCACUUUACUGUUUUAAUGAAUGUCUGAAAAUGUGUCUCACUUGCAUGCACGCACACACACACACACACACACACACACACACUCUCACACACACACACGCUCUCUCUCAUAUUGUGUCUUGUUCUGUGUUUUCUAUUUUUUUAUUCGGCCUUGUAUGGUUAAAUUCUGACGUUCCGUUUCGCAGCUCAACGCCCGCCGCUCGUCUGCCUUAAUGUUUUUAGCCGCACUUUGAUUUAAAUAAAGGUUUAUUAUCUCAAA